UUCUGCCUCGAGCCGCCAUCAUGGACGCCAGUCGUGUGCAGCCGAUCAAGCUCGCCAGAGUGACAAAGGUGCUGGGAAGAACAGGCUCCCAGGGACAGUGUACACAGGUGCGAGUUGAGUUCAUGGACGACAGCAACCGCUCCAUCAUCCGGAACGUGAAGGGGCCGGUCAGAGAGGGGGACGUGCUGACGCUGCUGGAGUCCGAGAGAGAGGCGCGGAGGCUGCGCUAGCAGGGAUCCGGAGAUCACACAGCCCUCUCAUCCAGUUCCUUGUGAAGACCUGAGAUGCUGCAGUGAUGGAGAGGAGACACUCACCAUUCCACAGCAGAAAUUCAGAGCAUCGUGUAUGCACUGAAUAAAAGGCUUGGUUGGAAGCUA